AUGUCUACCUCUCUAGAGAUCCCACCGUCUGGACUGGCUCUCCGUCAAGGAGACCAGUCUGGAGAUUCUUCCAAGCCUAGUCAGAUCAUGCGGCUAAACCUGGUGCAGAGCACCCUCGAUGAUCUGAUUCAGAGCCUCCGGAAGGAUCAACCGGUCCGAGUCCGCCUAGGAAAACACCCGUCGAUUCACUAUGGGGGCAAGUCCCAAUCCUUCCAUGCGUAUCCCGAAACCCACCGAUCCGAGAUCUACCAUAGCUCCGAUGAUAAACAAACCUUGUAUUUUACGGGAGUCUUGAGCCACAGCUUGGAGGUGGAAAAGGCAAAAAGUGCUACGGCGGCCACAGACCAGGCUCUGGCCAAUUUGGAAGAAAGUCUGAAUGCAUUUGAGCGAGGAAAGGAGUCCAAAAAGACUCACAUCAUCUCUCACCCCGAUGAGCUGAGAGGCUUUCGAGGUUCCAAGUCGGGCCUCAAAGCUCCCACAAGCAAAGUCGAGUUGGAGAAGGAUAGAUUCCUCAAAGCUGCCCGCUCUUCUGCAUCUGCCAGUCCCACCUUCCCUCCCAAAUCGCCCUCAUUUACAAUGGCUCCGACCUCAGCUCCGAUGUCGCAGGCUAAGGAGAAUCCGAGGCAGAUUGCCCUUAAGAAGCCUUUGAUUCAUAUCCUGGCCAUUCGGGCUGUGUCCAUCCGCUAUCUCGCUCAGACAACUCGUUCCCACGCCGAAGACUGCACCGUUCUCGCCGAGAAGUACGGCCUCCAGCACCGCAUUGACACAAACAAGUACCAUCUCAGAGACAAGGUUUAUAAAGAUCUCGACGUCUGGGAAUUCAAGUUCCCCAGCGAGGAUGAUCGCAAAGCCGCCAUUGACAACUGCAUUGGCGCCUUCGAUCGCAUGCGCCUCGAGCGGAGUGAUCCCGCCUGGCAGAUGAUUCUGCCCAAGGAGGAGCGCGGUAAGGGCACCUGCCUUUCUCGCCUGAAGCUUCGGACCGCUCCUGCCAAGGUGGAUGCUCCCAAAUCAGACAAGAAGGAGCCCGCAAAAGCAGCCGCGACCCAAAAGCCCCGUCCCGCGGACAAGCGAGCCAAACCCAAGGCCGCUAAUAACACUACACUCACUGGCCGAGUUACCAAGAAGACCGUUGCAAAACCUGCAGCCAAGGUUGACAGCAAAAUCAAGUCUGCCGAAUUUGUUAACAGCUCCGAUGACGACGACGAAGAUGUGGCCAUGUCUGAUGCUCCCGCUCCCGCUCCCGCUGCAGCCCCCAAGAAGCCGCAAGGGCACCAGCGAACUCCAUCCGCCACGAAGCCCACACCGAAGCCAGCACAAAAGCCAGCACCGAAGCCUCGUGCUAUCGGGACUCCGUCUACUUCCAAGGUCCCUAAGGCCGAGGCCCCAAAGACCGAAGUUCCGAAGCCCAAACUUGAGCCAACCAAACCAGCCACCAAGGUUACAGCUUCUAAGCGCCCUCCGUCCCGUCCUUCCACCUCGCCUCAGAAGCCGUCUCCUCUCGGCUCAUCUCCCCCUGCGAAUGCAUCUGAUGCCACUGGUCGCAACCGUUCUGACAGCCAGAACCAGUCAUCUGGAUCCUCCUCAUCUUCGCCUCUGAUUUCUCAGUCAGCUCGCAAUAGCAACAAGGACACUCAUCCUGCUUCCACAGUCGCCAAACCUGCACAGAUCAAUGGGGUCAAGAAUGUACCCACUGUCAAUCCAUUGAAACGCAAGGCGGAUUCUGACCGACUGUCGGCUUCGCGCGCUACUGCCGGAGCCGGACGUCCCACUGGAGACUUGGAAGCUAAGCGUCGCCGUGCAGCCAGCCCAUCAACAAGCGGUGGCAGCACCGGCAGCGCAUCUCCUCCUAUGAGCUACGAGCUUCUACGUCAGCAGUUACGCGAGAAAAGCCAGACCUUCAAGCAGUACUACACCAAGUAUCGCUCCUUGCAUGACUCCCUAGCGGCUCUUGCCGACCCCGCUCCAGCUGACCUGGAGCGUCUGCAGCGCCAGCAUAAUCGCUUGCGUCGCAUGAAAAAAGAGAUUUGGGAUGAAGAUCGGCAGCUACGGGACGGUCUCCGCCCUUGA